AUGAAUGGCAUGUUCACAUACGACGAACGUUUAUUGAGCCAAUCUCAUAUGAUUAUAAUCAUGAUGUCUGAACCAAUCAACAUGUCCAAUAGCGAAACUCGAGUCCAAUUUGCCAAAGAGAAUGACAGUCUGGAACACAAUUGCGAAAUUCAAGUGCAAAUAUCCAACGAAUUGGUGGUCAAUAUUCAUCUGGGAUUCUUGCAGGUCAACUAUAAAUAUGAAAUUAAAUUUUCAUUCGAAUCUUCGGAAUGGAUUGAAAACGAAUUUGACCUCAACAGCAGCUGCACGAAUGAUAGUCAUGCACAAAUAAUCGAAAUUCGAUCAAAUGCCAAAGACGAUGAUGAUAAAACAGUGUUUGAACAUCAAGUGACUGCACAUUUGUUUGCCUUCAAGGAAAAAUUUCUCAAACAAACCGUAUCAUUAUUACCUUUGAAUCAAACUUCGAACAAAGUAUUAACACUCAUAUUCAAUGCCAGAGUGUUGGGCAAAGACAAGGGAACACCGUUGCUCAAGAAUGGCGUACAAAGUAUUGGCUACUGUCCAGAUGAAGAUGAUGACGAGCAAAUGUAAUCAAAUGUCAAGAAUGAAUAAUAACACGCAUAAUAAUAUGAUUAUAAUGAUAUAAUUAUAAAAA